GUGGGAAUCCGACGACAACGAGACAUGGACGCUCCCCGCGACAAUGCGGGCAGCCAUCGCAAGCCGCGCCGAGGGCGACGCGGCAAGCCGCCAGCUGCGCCGGCUCCGACGCGGCCGGAUCUGCAUGCUGGCCAAGAUGACGCCACGACCGUCGCAUCGACGCAGCUCACGAGCGCCGUUCGCCGACGGGACAUCAGCGUGAUUGCCGCCAUCUUGACGGUCGACCCAGAGCUAGCCAACAGUCGCGACGAGAGCGGCCGAACCGCACUGACCACCCUGUGCGCCAACGCCGGCGCCUACGACGUCUGCAACAUUGCCGACGUGCUGCUGUCCCGCGGCGCACUGAUCAACUGCAACGACGGACGCCAGGACGGGCCGCUGCACCUCGCGAGCUGCGGGACGAACGCAGCGCUUCUGACAAAGCUGCUCGAAGCCGCCAAGGCGCAGGAGGCGCCGACGCCCCACUACGGCGAUCUGCUUCUCGCCGCACUCUUUGCGCUUGCCGAGGCCAGUCCGCUCCAGAAGAUGACGCGGCCCACAAAGAAGAAGACCAACGAGUGCCAGCUGGAUGCGAAGGGUCCCAUGGAGGCGCUGGUCGAUUUAGAAGCAAAGCAUUGGCCUGUGAUCCAAGUGCUCGUCGAGGCAUCCGAGCGCGAUACGCGGGUGCCGCCCGACGCUCUCUGGGCGACGCUCGCGACGCACCAGACCACCGCGCUGCAUGUAGCCUGUCGCGAGCUGCUGCCGACGGUCGUAUCGCUCCUCCUCUCGCACUCGUUCUUGCCGUCUGUGCUUGACGCGCGCAACGUCUCGGCCGUCCAUGCACUCGAAGACACGCUCUUGAAGGUGCAGUCAGCGCUGGCGCCAACGAAAAAGAAGCCAUCGGGCCUCGACGCACUGCCCACCCACGUCGACACGCAAUUGGGCAUGCGCACUGUUGGCGUCCUCGGUGCAUUUGGUGAGAAGGUCGGGUACGACAAGCUCUUCCAGCACGCGGGCCCAUACGCGGUGCACUCGCGCUGGGCCAAGAACUUCCUCGUGGCCGCCAAGGGCAUUGAGUACCUCUACGCCAAGCUGGCGACGGAGGUGACACCGCGGGCGAUGCUGCCGUUCCUCUCGCACGUCGGCGGGCUCCACCGGCUCACAAAGCAGCCGGCGUCACCGUUUGCGACCUGGGCGUGGCGCCAAGCGCUGCAAGAUCAACGUCAUCUCUUCAAGAAGGCUUCGCUCUAUGGGCAUCUGCUGGCGCAGCUCCUCCACACCGACACGUCGGCGUCGGUUCUGCAUACGUGGACCUUUGUGCUCCAAGAUAUGGUCGCCGCGUCCACGUUGUCUCGGUUCCUAAAGGACCUCACGGCCGUGAUCCUCCAGAGUGCAAUGACCUUGAUCUUUCAGCUUCAGACAGAAGCAUACGAGCUGGAUGAGACCGAGCUCAUGCGGCUCGUGCUGGCCCGCUUUGAGAUGCUUCUCGUGCUUGGAAGUGCCAACCCCGAGCUAGCAACCUUGCUCAAGCCGCUCGACGUGCUGCAGCAGCUGCUCACCCACGUGCUUCUCGCGGUGCGCCACGUCCAAGACUACCCCGAGCGCUUCCUUGGCGCUCUGUACCUUGUUCAGCUACAGCAGCAAGUGCGUGCGACAGAUGCGUCCACGCUCCGAGAGAUGGCGGCAACGCACGGGCGCAAGGCCAAUCGACCCGGUAGCUUUCUCAAGCGUAUGGCCGAGUCGCUGCCGCUGCCGGCGCUGUUCUUGUCAUGGCUCACACCAUUUCGACGCCCCCUCAACGUUCUAUUGAUGUCCGAGGCGGCCCUCCUGCGCCAGUAUGUGCACCGGGAGGCGUGGCACCUCGUGGACCUGGAGACCAAGGUUGCGUACUUUGGCGCCGACGCCAGUGCCCGGGGCACAGACCUCCGUAUUCACGUCAACCGCCAGACACCACAAGGACUCGUCACCGAGUUCAUCGUGCAGCAAGUGCUGUCGACACCGGUGAGGCACCUCUGGGGCGACAUGACCGUCGAGUUCACGCACGAGCCCGGCGCCGGCGUCGGUCCGCUGCGAGAGUUUUUCGAGCUCGUGCGCCGGGCCUUUCUCGAUCCGCAGGUCGAUCUGUCGCCCGAUGGCCGCGUCGAAGCGUCGGCCACGCAACACAUUGGCUCCGCGUGGCUGCGCUUGGCCCGGAGAGACGCCAGCUCGGAUGCAGCGCCGCGCUCGCUUCCAACGCCACUGACGGCGUGGUUCCCUCUGGUCGCGUACAUGGGCAGCUCGUCCCUACUGCGCAUCGCGCCGCGGCCAAAACGCACGCUGUCGCCGCCCAAAGACGUCGGCAACCAUGUGCUCCAAGUGGCCUUUGCGUCGAUCGAAGCGAUGGCCAAGGGCAGCGAUGUGUACAAGCUGUACCGGUGCCUCGGCCGGCUCUUCGGGCUCGCCGUUCGACACGGCAUCGUCCUCGGCGCGCGGUUCCCGCUCGUGUUUUGGCAAGUGCUGAUGGAGGCGCCGACGGUGCAGUGGACCGACCUCGUGUCGGACGACCCGGCGCUGCGCCGUAGCCUCGAAGCGACGCUGGCCCACGACUUUGCCACGCCGUGGGAUCUCACAUUUGAGAUGUGCGACCACGUCGAGUACAACGGUGCAAUGUUGACGGCGCAAGUCGAGCUCCAGCCAAGAGGGUUCGAGACGCCUGUGACCAACGACAACAAGGAGGCGUACGUGCUCGCACUCGCGAUGCAUCAUUUCUGCAGCAACCGCGACGCCCUCGACGCAGUGCGCGUGGGUCUCUACGAUGUUGUGCCCAAGCGAGAGAUCGCGCUCUUGCGUCCCGACGAGCUGCAGCGCGUCUUGGCCGGCGACCAAGCGCUGGACAUGGCCGCGCUCCAGGCCCACGUCACGUACGGACGCCACGGCAGCGCUGAGCACCCGACGAUCCGCCACUUUUGGGCCGUCGUCGACGGUAUGGCGGAGCCUACGCAGCGAGAACUGCUCGUGUUUUGGUCCGGGUCGUCGCUGCCGCCGCUCUUUGGCUUUGCCCACGCGGACGAGGUCGUGUGGUCCAUCGACGUCGUUGCCGUGCCCGACGGAAAGACGCCGCCGCUGCCCCAAGCCCACACGUGCGACCGCAAAAUCGUGCUUCCGGCCUACGCGACGCAAGACGAGCUCGCGACCAAGUUGGCCCUCGCUCUCGAGUUUGGCACCUUUGGCUACGAUCGCAUCUAGUUAUGCAAUGGAAUAAUGGG